AUGGACGGUGAUGGUGCGGCGGAGGAAAAGAAGUAUGACGGCGGCGGCGGCGGCGAUGAUAGAGGAAAGUGCGGGAGGCGAAGGUAG